GUAAUAAGCAAGGGAAGCCCGAGCGCCUUUCUUUCUGCACGUGUUCGCCCUUUACCGCAAGCCCUUCUCCAGUUUGGGCUCAAGUUUCUCACUACCCUGUUGGGGUUGGAUUUCUGAGGUGAAGAAAUGCUGUCAUUCAGGGAUGUGGCCAUUGAUUUCUCUGCAGAUGAGUGUGAAUGCUUGGACUCUGCUCAGUGGGAUCUGUACAGGGAUGUGAUGUUGGAGAAUUACAGCCACCUUGUGUUCCUGGGUCUUUCCUUCUCCAAGCCGAUAUUGGUCAGAUUUCUGGAGAAAAAUCAAGAGCUUCGGAAUGUGAAGAAAAAAGCAGCUGCUGUGCCCCGAGGAAAAAAACCCUAUAAAUGUAAAGGAUGUGACAAAGCCUUUGCUAAGAGCUCCAUCCUUACUCAUCACCUGAGAAUUCACAUUGGAGAGAAACCUUCUAAGUGUGACAUAUGUGGCAAGGGCUUAUCUCUGCCCACCAUACUUCAUAACCACCAGAAAAUUGAUACCAGAGAGAAACCCUACAAAUGUGAAGUGUGUGGCAAGGCCUUUUCUAAGCCCUCCACACUUGUUAACCACCAUAAUAUUCACACUGGAGAGAAGCCUUACAAAUGUGGCAAGGCCUUUUUUAUGCUCUCCACAUGUACUAAUCACCAGAAAAUUCACACCGGACAGAAACCCUAUGAGUGUGAAGUAUGUGGCAAAAAGUUUUCCAGUCCUGCAGACUUUACAAAACACCGAAGAGUUCAUACUGGAGAGAAACCAUAUAAGUGUGAAGAGUGUAAAAAACCCUUUAGUAAUCUUUCAGCCCUUAGUAGACACAAAGUUGUUCACACUGGAGAGAAACGCUACACCUGUGAGAAAUGCGGCAAAGCCUAUAGCAGGAGUUAUCACCUUAGUCGACAAAAGAAAGCUCAUACUGGACAGAAAACUUACAAGUGUAAAGAAUGUGGCAAAAUGUUUUACUAUUCUUCAGACCUUAAAAGACAUCAGAAAAUUCAUUCUGAAGAGAGGCCGUAUGAGUGUAAGGAAUGUGGCAAAGCCUUUCCCAGUCCUUCAGAUGUUACUCAACAUGCAAGAACCCAUAAGAGAGUGAAGCAAUAUACCUGUGACCAUUGUGGAGAGUGCUUUACUAUUCAGACAACAUUUUCUAACGUCCGGAAAAUUCGUCUUGAGGGAAAACCAUCUGAAUGUGAGAGAUGUCGAAAGAACACUUCUGGGAAAUGUAGUCUCUCUCAGCAGGACUCCGCUAGACCGGACUCUGCUCUCUAUGCUUCCGGUUCAUUUUGCUUUUGUGUUUCUCCAAACUCUGCGGCUUUCUCAAAGUUGGGACAGUGUGGCUUGUGCUCCGCGCUCGACAUGGAGGACCUUCUGUCAUUCACAGAUGUGGCCAUUGAUUUCUCUGCAGAGGAGUGUGAAUGCUUGGACUCUGCUCAGUGGAAUUUGUAUAAGGAAGUGAUGUUGGAGAAUUACAGCAACCUCGUGUUCCUGGGUCUUGCUUUCUCUAAGCCAUACCUGGUCACAUUUCUGGAGCAAAGUUCACAUCCAUGGAGCAUGAAGAGAAAAGCAUCAGCGGCCAUCCAUCUAGGAUCAAAAGCCCAUAAAUGUAAAGAAUGUGGGAAAGCCUUUGAUAGGAAUUCAGUCCUUAUUCAACAUCAAAGAAUUCACACUGGUGAGAGACCCUACAAAUGUGAAGAAUGUGGCAUGGCCUUUACCGGUCGCUGUAUUCUUUCUAAGCAUCAGCGAAUCCAUACUGGAGAGAAACCCUACAAAUGUAAAGAAUGUGGCAAAGCUUUCAGCUGUUCUUCCAACCUUCACCAACACCAACAAAUUCAUAGAGGAGAGAAACCCUAUAAAUGUGAUGACUGUGGGAAGGCCUUUAGCUGUUCUUCGUAUUUAUAUAAGCAUCAGCGAAUCCAUACUGGCAUGAAACCCUACAAAUGCAAGGAAUGUGGCAAGGCUUUUAACUGUUCUGCAAACCUUAUUUACCACCAGAGAAUUCACACUGGAGAGAAACCAUAUAAAUGUGGUGAAUGUGGGAAAGCCUUUACCAUUUAUUCAACGUUUAUGAAUCACCAGCGAACACAUAGUGGAGAAAAACCCUACGAAUGCAAAGACUGUGGGAAAGCCUUUACUAAUUGUUAUAAUCUAAUUCAACACCAAAGAAUUCAUACUGGAGAGAAACCCUAUGCAUGUGAAGAAUGUGGCAAAUCUUUUAACUAUUCUUCCCACCUUAAACAACACAAAAGAAUCCAUACUGGAGAGAAACCAUACAAAUGUGAAGUAUGUGGCAAAGCUUUUAACUGUUCUGAUUAUCUGGUUAAGCAUCAAAGAAUCCAUACUGGAGAAAAACCCUACAAAUGUGAAGUAUGUGGCAAAGCUUUUAGCUUUUCUACAUAUCUGCAUAAACAUCAAAGAAUCCAUACUGGAGAGAAACGCUACAGAUGUGAAGAAUGUGGUAAAGCUUUUACUAAUUAUUCGGGGCUUAUUGUUCACCGAAGAGUUCAUACUGGAGAGAAACCCUACAAAUGUGAAGAAUGUGGCAAGGCCUUUAGUGUUCACACAUCACUCUCUAAACAUCAGAGAAUUCAUACUAGAGAGCAACCUUACAAAUGUGAUGAAUGUGGAAAGACAUUUAAUGUUCAGUCAACAUUCUCUAAACAUCAGAUAAUGCAUACUAGAGAGAAACCCUACAAAUGCAAACACUGUGACAAGACCUUCAAAUAUCCUUCACCCCUUGUUCAACACGAAAGAAUUCACACUGGAGAGAGACCCUACAAAUGUGAAGUAUGUGGCAAGGCCUUUACUUCUUCUUCAAAUCUGAAAUAUCAUUGGAGACUUCAUACUGGUGAGAAGCCCUAUAAAUGUGAACAAUGUGGUAAAGCCUUUAAAAAUAGUUCAAACGUCACUCGACACUACAAAAUUCAUACUAGAGAAAAUCCAGAUUAACGCAAACACUUUUGUAAAGCCUUCCACAAUUGUUCUCUAACAAUUCAGCACUAAAGAAUUCAUAUAAAAGAAAAACUUUAGAAAUGAAAGGUAUAAGGGAAGACCUUUAAUAAUAGUUCAACCUGGGGCUGGAGAGAUGGAUCAGUGGUUAAUAGCACUGACUGCUCUUCCAGAGGUCCUGAGUUCAAAUUCCAGCAACAAUAUGGCGGCUUACAACCAUCUGUAGUAAGAUCAGGUGCCCUCUUCUGGUGUGUCUGAAGACAGCUACAGUGUACUCACAUAUAUAAAAUAAAUAAAUCUUUAAAAAAAUAAUAGUUCAACCUAUAUUCAACAUCCACCAUUACAUACUGGAAAGAUUUUGUAAUGGUGAAGAAGAUGGCCAUGUUGAGCAUUCUAUACUUAUGGAGCAUCAAAACUUUUAGAGAAAGUCAUACAAAUGCAGGUAAUGCAGCCAUGAGUUGUUUAUAACCAAAUAUUAUACAUACAAAAUGACUUUGGAAGGAACCCUGACAAAUAUAUAAAACUGAGAAAACCAAACUGGUUCAGUAAAAAGCACUUUGUAAACAGUGUUGCAAAACUUUGCUCAUCAUGUAAAUCUUAAGAGAUUUGAGAGAAUUAUCUAUCAUAAGACGCAAAUUCCAGGAGCUGUAUAGCAUUUAGCAAACCACCCAAUGCUGCUUUUAAUUCCUACAGAAUUAAUACAGAACUCUGAACUCACUAAGAAAUGUUUGAUGUGAUAUAAAAACUAAUUAUAACUUUGGAAUCAUGCAGAUUAAGUUUGUGAGGACAUCAAUAUGUUAUAAAUUGAAAUUGUAACAUAAGCUCAAUUUUGAAAAGUGAUAAGAUCAUACAACUAGUGAUUUUAUCAGAAGAACAAAACUGAGUCCUGAGGUUUCAGAGUUUGUUUUGUUCCCCAAAGACCAUAGAUACAGUUUUUGGAAUUUGAAGUUUAGUAACUUCUGUAAAUAAAAAUAAGAUGUUUUUAAUGUA